UUGAAAUUCAUCCGCCGACUUUUGACGCGAGUUCUCUUCCAUUCCUUACGUUUCUCGGACUUUCUCUCUUAUCUGCACAAGAGAAUAAUUCGUAGCUGCAGUUGCAAGCAUAUUCUGUGGUUAUUGCUUUAGAUCAUGGCGGAUAAUCCUAAAUCUACCGUAUAUAUUGGAAACCUGGAUGAGAGAGUUAGUGAUAGGGUGUUGUAUGACAUUCUAAUUCAGGCAGGUCGGGUAGUAGACUUAUAUAUCCCCCGAGACAGGGAGACUGAUAAACCAAAAGGGUAUGCUUUUGCGGAAUAUGAAUCGGAUGAGGUAGCUGAGUAUGCUGUCAAGCUUUUCUCUGGUCUUGUAACUCUUUACAAAAGGACAUUGAAGUUUGCGAUUUCCGGACAAGACAGACCCUCUGCUUCCCUUUCAACCCCACCAGCAAAUGUUUCUUCUGCCAAACCAAGGCAGCACCACAAGAAUACAGAACCUUACUCACAUUCUCCGAGGUUAUUUGCAUCAUGUCAGUUUUCAGAGCGUAAGACUACUUAUCCAGAAGUUCUCCCUGAUAUAUCUAUGCACCGAUCUAGUGGGUAUAGAUCAUACCAUGACAGCACCGAAUAUGAUUACAGUCGAAGAGUGUUUGGUUCAGUAUUGGAUAGUGUUAGUCGUGGUAGCUCGAGACGUUAUGAUGUGCGUGAUUCAUUGAAUCGUGAUCGGUAUUACUGAUUAUAUAUUUUGAAUUGAUAGAGACUAACUCUGGUAGUUAGUCUAUGUCUAACUAUAAAGUGAUGUAGCACUUGACCCAGUAGGGAGAUGACUCCUCUGUACAAUUAUUUAAUUCCAUCCUUCAUCUGCGGUUCAUAUGUCCCGAAUGGUGAACAUGCUUGUUAAUUUGUACUUCAGUUAUGUUGUGAACUUGAAACAUGUGUGAAGUUCAUCGCGCCACGCAUGAUAGUUGGUGUAAUCUCGUUCGUAGUUUGCUUGGUAUUAUUGUAUGAAGUGUUCUUGUCUCUUAA